GUUUCCCAGCAUGCAUCGCGAAUUUAUAUAGCCAUCUUGUCGGGAAGUGAAAUUUUUAGAUUUUCUGUUACCGAAGUCUGCAAGUUAGUUGGCUAUAAACUUUAAUGUCAAACCGUUUUCGUAGUUGUUUUGUUAGUACGCCCGAAUCUAGUCGCCGGGUGUCGUGACGUUUUAGGCGGUGUUUCUCAGCGCUCGUUCAGGAUGUGUUUGGUACUUAUAUGUAGGUAGAGAAGCGAGAGGCAGCAGGGGGAGUGAACGCAGCCGAAUCUACGACAGCGGCCUUACCGAGCUCUGAUCACCAGCAUAUGAGGAUAAAUUAAUAACCGACAUCUCGCACACACCGCUCGCGGAGGUUGUUUUCGUCCGCUGUUCACGCGUCGAAAAUGCAACAGGAGAGAAGAGGAAGACGGAUAACGCACGACCGUCGCGGAAAACUGUGAAAUUUGGGGUCCGGUGCCGCAACAAUUUGCUGUUUUGUGAAGUGAGCAGCGUCUUUAAGUUGUCUUGGUGUCAUUAAAAGCUGUUAAGCAUGUCUAAGAUGCCGGCUAAGAAGAAGAGUUGCUUUCAGAUCACGAGUGUGACUCAGGCUCAAGUCGCGGCCAACAACGCGACCGACGACACCGAGAGCCAGGAUGACCCGGAUGAGACCCGGACAGAGGACGUGUCCUCCGAGAUAUUUGACAGGUCCAGGACUGACUAUGGGCCUGAGGUAUGUGACAGGAGCUCCUCAGAGGAGACUUUGAAUAAUGUGGGUGAAUCAGAGGGGCAGUUGCCCGCUGCCGCCCCUCUGAACGGCGGGUUUAGCCCACGCAACCAGGGUCACCAGGGCAUCCAGGCCUCUAGUACUCAAGCAGCGGGUACGACUCAGCCUGCGCAAGUCAUCAGUUCAUCAAGCGCGACGACUGUAACCAGCUGCAGUUCUCGCUUUAGGGUCAUUAAGCUUGACCACGGCACCGGAGAGCCUUUCAGGAGGGGCCGGUGGACCUGUAUGGAGUAUUACGAGAAGGACCCUGAGGGCUCUGUGAUGAGCAGGACUGUGGAUCGUAUAAGGCACACCAAUGUGACAGAGCCUGGAGCGGAUAGAGACAGUGGGCUCGGGGCCACCGUCGGGUCAGUUAUGGCUCAGGUGGCGCUUGAUGUAAGUUCCGACGGGUCAUCUUUCACCGGCCCGCCGCAUAAUCUAGAACUGCACACGCACAGCUUCAGUGUGGCCCUGCAGCAGGUCACGUCGGGGUCUGGGUCACCAGAGUCCUUUAGUAAUAAGCCAGUUCCGGGCAGCUCUCAUGUCGCUAUCCCUCACGGUCUCCACGAUGGAGGACACCCUGGCACCCACCUUCAGAAAUCUCCCAGCAUCCCUCCUCCUCAAGUGCAGCCGCUGCUUUAUCAACCCCAGCCUAUUACGCACCAACUGCAAAGCCAGCCAGCUCUGAUAUCAACAAGUCAGCCUGAUUACGGCCUGCACAACAUGCCGAUUACAGUCACCCAGACUCUCCCUGGGGUGAGCCUUUCCGUCGGACAUGCCUUCAGUCAGGGGUCGUCCCCCCUUCCGACCCUGGCCACAGGAGUGGUGCAAGUCCUGGGUACAGUAGAAAUGUCUGGAGUCCCUGGAGGUGUUCCCUUAGGGAGCCAGCCGGUGCCAUCUGUCCCAAAUCUGGUGCAGCAUCCUGCGGUGGGGCUGUUGAGCAGCAUCGUCCCUAUGGCGUCCAUUCAGCAGCAAACGGUGGCACAAUACCAGGCCUCAGGAGUAAUGCAUGGUUUAUCGACAACUCCGCAAAGCACUCCGAGCUUGCCCGUAGCAGUUGGUGGCAUGCCGGCCUCAAGUGUGCCAGAAUCUGCUACAGUACCCAAUACUUCUGCACACAGCCAUGCAUCCCAGGUUCCCCGCAAUGGGGUGGCAGCGGGCAUGGGCACCAGCGUCUUCAGUCAGACGGAUGAGAGUCGGAGGAUGUCUGAUGCGUCUGCGCAGGUUCACAGUAAAGACAUGGUCAAGCCCUUAAUCACAGAAGGCCUGCAGUUGCCCAACCCGGUUGUCAACAGUCUUUUCGGAAUACCCAUUCCCAUUGAUGGGGAGGAGGACAGUGCCUCUGGAGCAAGUGUGGUUGCCAUUGAUAAUAAAAUAGAGCAAGCAAUGGAUUUAGUGAAAAGCCAUCUGAUGUAUGCUGUGCGGGAGGAGGUGGAGGUGUUGAAGGAGCAAAUCAAGGAGCUCUACGAGAGAAACUCUGUGCUGGAGCGAGAGAACGCAGUGCUCAAAUCUCUGGCCAACAGCGAGCAGCUCUCUCAGCUCACCGUCCAAUCCAACUCCAACCCGGGCCAAGCCCAGCCCCAACCUCAGCCUUACCUUCAGCUGGACGUCAACGAGACCGUGGACUCCCUGCCACGAGAAUCACAGCCCAGCGUCACCUCCGCCUGAAGCCUGUGCGAACGACGCAUGUAUCAUCACAACAGCAGAAAACCCAUCUCGUUCGCAUGCUGUCCGCCAUCGCGACGGAUGACCGAAACGAGAGGCGGUUUCUGCUCGGCCGCAACACGCUGGCAUUCCUGCGGACUCGAUUGGGGUCCCGUUUGGCCCCUUCCCCCCGGAUGAGGUGGAGAGUUUGUGAAGAGAGUUAUUUUUUUAAUAAAGAGAAUCCAGCCAUGAAAAGAGUGUAUUUUUUAGUGUUGCAGUUUUCAUGUGAGAAGCCAGAGUCUAUUUUCAGAGCCACCGCACUUCGUGAUUUUGAUUCACCAGCCAGUUCAAUUGUACUGUUUGUUAUUUAUUAUAGGGCUGCUAUUUUCAGAGAGGAACAAUGUCUACAGAACCUUUCAAUCCGACAGCAACUGGUCAUCAAAUCGAGCAGCAGUCUUACUAUAUCAAUCAUCAAUGCAAGCGUAGCAGUGGGUGGAGUGUAAACACUAAAAGCAACGUUCCUCUGUGGAUUAAGAAUGUGAACCUGGCGUUGAAUGUACAUUUUGUAUAGUGUAAAGAUAAAGAGCGUAACAAGUUUGUACAGGUUUGUGGGCGAAGAUCUAAACGGAAUCCUCGAUGAAGAAAGCUUCAGUUCUGUUGCUAGUAGGAUGUUGGAAAAAGAAGUCAGUUGCCAUAUUCUCCUGCCCGCUACCCUGACGUCUCGUAUGUUUCUGGGGUCGGGAAGGGGAUUUAAAAGAAAGAAAAAAACUGAAGUUGUUCAACCUACUUUGUAACCAAAGAUGCAAAGCUGUGUAAUUCAUUCUUUUUUUUUCAUUAUGCACACUCUGUACAUUUUUUUUAAUUGUUCCUCACAACAAACUUUUUGUUGCUUUUAGGUAUGUUCUGCAUGAUCUGCAAAAGUCAAACCACUUUCUUACCUCAUUUGUAUUGGGCACUCAUAUUGUAAGCAGUCUGUGAAUAGUGUCAGCGGGGGAAGGAGAUAUGGAGGUGAUGGUGAGGAGAUAAAACAGACUAGUGUGUGACGCACUAGCCACAAAAAAUGAAGUGAGCCAUGUUUCAUUCAUUUAAAUGGUGUUUGAAUUUCAUAUGCCAAUAGUUUUGUUACAUUGCAAAUUUUAAUGUAUUUAAAUAAAUGCAAUAUUCAAAUUACAAAA